GCCUAGUAGGGCUUUAAAUCAGGAAGAAGAAAAUCAUAGAAAGGAAGCAUCUUUAGUUUGCAAUGGGGAAGAAGAAAAUCCGUGCUUCAGCAAAGUAGAAUGGAUCCACAGCUAAUUGAGGUCUCUCAUCUUUUUGAGCAAUUCAAAGCAGCCUUCAUCAGGAAGGAUUACGAUUUCUGCAUCAAUCUCCUUUCUCAACUCAAGGUAUUACUGACCAAGUUCAAAAGCCUUCCACCUUUGUUUGAAAAUACCCCUAAUGCUGUCCAAGAACUGAUACUCGCAAGAAUUGUUUCUCAACACUAAUAACAUUUUUCCUUUGCCUUGGAUAUUGCAAUGUUGUAUCUGUUCAUAUUCACUUUAAGAAUAUAUUACAUUUUGUGAACAAGUUAUCUUGUCACUUAUGAAUUGGAUUAUAAAGUACUGAAACUAAUUCUAACAUGGUAAAACGAUGUGACUUAGGAAGUUGAAAGCAUGAAAUUUUAAGAACUUUGUGAGCUUAAACCUUUUUUUUUGGUGUCUAAGUAACGCAAAGUCAAUGGUAUUUUAUUUAUUUUGCUUACGUUGUUACUUAUGAAUUGGAUUAUAAAGUAUUGAAACUAAUUCUAACAUGGUAAAAUGAUGUGAUUUAGGAAGUUGGAAAACAUGAAAUUUUAAGAACUUUGUGAGCUUAAGCCUUUUUUUGGUGUCUAAAUCAUGUGAAGGCAGUGUUAUCUUGUUUAUUUUGCUUAUGUUGUCACUUAUGAAUUGAAUUAUAAAGUACUAAAACUAAUUAUAACAUGGUAAAAUGAUGUGAUUUAGGAAGUUGGAAAGCAUGAAAUUUUAAGAACUUAAUGAGCCUGCCUAAACCUUUUUUUGGUGUCUAAAUCGCAUGAAGUCAGUGGUAUUUUGUUUAUUUUGCUUAUGAAGAGAGUGGAUCUUUUGGAAGUUGAUUUCAGUUCUAUGUUGUUAAGGAUUCUUUUCCAAUGAUAUUUUUCCAUUUCUUUCUGAUAAUUUUCAAGAGAAAUUUAUGAGCAUGUCGUUGUAGUGUGAAGAUUGAGGAUCAAGAUGCCUUUGAGAGAGAUUUCUUUCAGUUGAAGCCCUAUUAUAUAGAUGCUAGGUAAGUAAUUCUCUAAAAUAGUUAUGGCAUCCUAGCUGUCUUACUUAGUU